AUCUGUCUUUAGACAUUUUAAUAAUUAUCUAUCUUUGGUGUUGGUGCAAAAAGCAAAAGCAAACCAUGUGCUAAUUAUUUGAAAAAUCGUAUGUGUUUGUGUAUUUGUAAUAUACAUUACACAUAGUCACGGUGUGACAGUCGGUUAAACCCACAUAAUAAGUUAAAAUAAUAAAAAGUAUUGUUAUCUACUCUCAACAUGCCGAAAUCUAAAAGAGACAAAAAAGUCUCUCUAACAAAAACAAACAAAAAAGGAUUAGUAUUAAAGCAAAAAAUUAUUGAAGAAAUCAGAAGCUCUUUAUCAAAGUAUGAGCAUGUAUUUUUAUUUACUGUGGAUAAUAUGAGAAAUACAAAACUCAAAGACUUAAGAAAUGACUGGAAAGAUUCUAGAUUCUUUUUUGGCAAAAAUAAAGUUAUGGCUAUAGCAUUAGGCAGAUCAAAAAGUGAUGAAGUUGAAGAUCAACUAAAUAUGCUAUCAAAAAAAUUAAAGGGGCAAUGUGGUUUACUUAUGACAAACCGGAAUGUCCCAGAUGUUUUACAAUGGUUUAAAGAUUUCCGUGAAACAGAAUACGCUCGGUCUGGGUUUGUUGCUACGCACGAUGUAAUAUUGCCUGCUGGACCACUCCAAGAUUUUUCACAUACCAUAGAACCACAUCUUAGGCGACUUGGCUUACCUACAUCUCUUGAAAGAGGUGUUAUACAUCUAAUCAAGGAGUACCAGGUUUGCAAAGAAGGAUCACCACUUACCCCAGAGCAGGCUAGCAUUUUGAAACUUCUAGGAAUUCAGAUGGCUAAGUUCAAAGUAGUGAUUAAAUGCCAUUGGACAAAAGGUAAAGGUUUCCACAAAGACCUUGACGUUCCUAGCGACGAUGAGGGCGAGAACGAGAAUGAAAAUAAUAUAUUAGAUGAUGAAGAGAUGGAAGAUGAGACAUGAUUUUGUAAAUACAUGAUUUUUUCAACUCAAUAAUUUUUAUU